CUUCUAGUGAAACAAGUGGACAAACGUAAAAUAAAACAAUAUAUUAGUGAUAUAGAACUAAAAAGUGAUUUAAAUGAAGCUUUGUUAGGUCAAGGUGAGGUAGAAGAAGUUUUAAAAGUAAAAAGAAAGGUGUAGAUGAAGAUAAUACUAGUGAUAAUUAAUACGCAAUUAGAGAAUUGAUUCUGCGUGCUUUAUAGAAAAGGAAAGUGUGUUGAUAUUAUUAAAAGUUACGACAGCAAAAUUAUUUAUGACCUAAUGCUUGCUGCAACCAGGCAGGUGAUCAGAAAUCCUAAAGCCUGACAAACUUAGAUUGUUGUGAUCAAAUAUAAUAAAACGUAAUGUGAUUAAAGCAACAUGACAUUCGGAAAAGCCAACAUGGUCGCUCCCACCUAUUUCAAAUAGAUCCUUGUUAACAUCAGCUUGUACUUGACCUACUGUAUCAGCAAAGAUUGCUUACUCCCGACCUUGGGAAUCAAACAAGUUACUUAGGUGAGAUAAAAUAAAAAUCUUCUAAAGCAAAGAUUUUUGUCUUACAAAAAUGAAUUACGAACCAGAAGUACCUCGCCGAGGCAGUAGAAACCGAGCUCUCGAACGCUCACUCAGCUAUUCCGAAGCCAUUGGCAACUGCUCAGGAAGAUCCUCAAUAGAAAUCCCAACAAUAGGAAACAAUGAGGUUUACCUCAACGAAGAACUGAAGAAGCAAUACAGGAUAUCACAAACGUAUGUUGAAGGAAAAGAAAUCGCUUUCCCAAAUGUAGUGACUAACGUGGAUACGAACAACUUUCUAAGAGUUCCAAUCGAUGAAAGCUCUCAAGAAUCUUCUCACUAUUCCAGUGAGGAUGAACAUACGGAUAAUGGUUUGAUCAUGACUAUUGAUGUCGAAGAUACAACCAAGAGUUCUGAUGUAACUAAAAAUAUUUCUGAUGAUACGACAGUGCCUAUAGCUAGCUCCAGUAUUGAAACGAAUACUAAUGAUAUUUAUGAUACUAUCGAGACAUUUGGUGGUACUGAUAGUCUCUAUGAGAGGAAGGAGGCUACGUUUGGAUAUUCCACUCCUUAUAGUCGGAGAAAGAGGGCGACUCAUCGGCGGCGACAUGGACGACCCAAUCGUUCCAGAAGAGUGGUUCUCAAGAACGGAGAAGAAAACGUACCAGUCAGAAGCAACAUAUCUGCUAAGAGUAUCAAGUAUAUGCGAGAUAUUAUCACUACCAUUAUCAACAGCAAAUGGCGUUUCAUUCUCCUCAUGAUGGUGGCCGCCCACUUCAUCUUCUGGUUCGUGUUCGCCGCCAUCUGGUACGCCGUGGCCUCCUCCUACGCAGAGGACAUCGGAGAUGGGAAGGAGCACUGCGUCACAGGAACCACCUCUUUUGCCGGACUGCUUAUGAUGUCUGUGGAAACUCAGAUGACUAUUGGGUACGGCACACGAUUCCCCAACGAAGAAUGUCCGGAAGCUAUCAUCAUCAUGGUUGCAGAAAUAGUAGCGGGCACGGCCCUGUCGGGCGGUCUCUCCAGUUUGUUGUUCACGAAGCUCAUCAGACCGAACCGGCACGUAUCGUCCGUAGGGUUCAGCAGGAAGGCGGCGAUAUGCCGUCGAGACGGUGAGCUGUGCCUCCAGUUCAGGGUUUGGGACCUGGCUCACGUGCACAUCAUUGGAAGCUCCAUCACUGCUUACAUCCUCAAACCUAUCCGUACCCUGGAAGGCGAGCUAGUCCAGAACUACAUCCAGCAGUUGAAACUGAAGGAGGCGCGCGCCUUCCUGCUGUGGCCCAUCACCAUAGUGCACGUCAUCGACGCCGAGAGCCCGCUCUACGACUUCUCCGCUCAGGAUAUGAUGGACUACAGGUUUGAGAUCGUGGUCUGUUUGACGGGAGCCUCGAAGAGUAUGGGUACCACUACGCAGAGCAGGACCUCGUACUUGUCUAAGGAGAUCAUCUGGGGAUAUAGGUUCAAGAACGUUGUGCAUUAUGACAAAAGGGAAGAAUCUUACAAGAUCGAUGAAGAAAACUUGAACAGCGUAGAGCAAGUCGAGACCCCUCUCUGCAGCGCACGAGACAUGAAGGAGUUCGAAGAGGACCUAAAAACUUCCACCAAUCUCCUCUCGACUCCCAACAUCUCCGUUUCUCCCACCGAUCUCUCUUUACAAGAAGAUUCUUCUACCCUUUCGAAAGUAGGAGAUUCUCUUCCUUCUUCCCCUUCCUUCAAUAGGAAUGCUACACAAAGGAGUUUCGGGUGGAAUUUCAAAAGGUUCCGACCGGAGAAGUAUGUUCAGCAAAUGGAGAAGAGAGACUUCUAGAAGAAUUGUAAAGAAGAUUUAGGUUUAAGGACAUUUAUUGGGUUUCUAGUCUAGAAAAAGCAUUUUUAUUAUACAAAAAUAUCAUUUACGUAGGGAAGAAAUUUGGUGCCUUUAAAGGUUUGAAUUUACAGGAAAAGCCUUGUUAAGAACAUUAAUUUAAGAUGUACAAAUACUUUUAGAAUGGUAAAUUAUGUACAAUUAAGGACAUUGCAUUAUUUAUAAAUCUAUAUUAGUUGUUAGUGAUUAGAUUGCUCAAAACUUUGUUACCAUUAGAUUGACAGUCUGUAUCUUAAAAUGUAUAUACGUCUGUUUAUGAUAAUAUAUAUUUUUAUUCAAG